AGCUAUACUUGAUGGGAUUUGUAGUUCCGUCUGGGGGCGUGCAUGCGCGUUGAGGCUUCGGUAAAGGCGACCGGGAGGAGAGCGAUUUGGGAGGAUGCGGUGACUGGAGAGUGGUCCGUCUUCUCAUCCCAGGAAUGGAGGCACCAGGUGAGAGAGGGGUCCUUCUCACGCUGGUUCCCUACGCUGCAUGCUCGGGAUUUGAGUGGCAGGAAUGAGGACCCGUCGGUGGAUAUUCUCUGCUGUAAUGCGCCUCUUACUGAGGUGCCUGCGAAUAGGUCAGCGCCACCGGUCCUGGCCAACCCAAAAGGUGCGGCAGCUAUGGCUAUAUGGACGUCUGUGCCUGCGCUCUCUGCUGUACAACUCCUUCACUGACAGCGACACUGCCCUUGAUGCUCUCUUUGAGCCUGUCUACUGGCUGGUGGAUCACAUCACCCGUUGGUUUGGAGUGGUGUUUGUUGCAUUGGUCAUCAUUCUGACUGGCUCAGUGGUGUGCAUUGUGUAUUUCUGCCUCUUGCCACUCAUUCUGCGGACUUACCCUCUUCCCUGGGUCUUCUGGCACGUCAUCUAUGGCCAUUGGAACCUUGUCAUGAUCGUCUUCCACUACUACAUGGCCAUCACUACUCAGCCUGGUUGCCCACCACAGCAGCCAAAGAGCGACAUCGCUGCUGUCUCCAUCUGCAGAAAAUGUAUUGCCCCGAAGCCUGCCAGGACCCACCACUGCAGCAUCUGCAACAGGUGUGUACUGAAGAUGGACCAUCACUGUCCAUGGCUGAACAACUGUGUUGGGCACUUCAACCACCGUUACUUUUUCUCCUUCUGCCUCUUCAUGACCAUGGGCUGCAUCUACAGCAGCGUCAGCGGUUGGGACAUGUUCUGGGAGGCCUAUGCUGCCAUUGAGAAAAUGAAACUUCUUGCCAAGGAGAGCCUCCCAGUGACAGCCAAUAAGCAGACUUAUGGUCAGACACCACCACCUAACUUCACCUUCAGCCAAAGAGCUUUCCACAAGAGUGUUGUGUAUGCCUGGGUCCUUUGCAGUUCAGUGGCCUUGGCCCUGGGAGCGCUCAUGAUCUGGCAUGCUGUCCUUAUCACCCGGGGUGAGACCAGCAUUGAAAGGCACAUCAACCGCAAAGAGAAAAAGCGGCUCCAGAAGAAGGGCAAGGUGUUUCGAAAUCCAUACAGCUAUGGUCCCUUGGGCAAUUGGAAGGUGUUCCUAGGUGUUGAGAGAAAGAGGCAUUGGGUCACCAGGGUUUUGCUACCCUCCACCCACCCACCCAAGGGAUCUGGCUUGAGUUGGGAUACUAGUCCUUGUGUUUCUGAACAGAAGACAGACCUCCUGGCAAUAUGAACUGGACUUGGAGCACAUUAUACCAGUGUGAUGAAGACUGUAGGCUGCAACCGACUUCCAUGAAGAAACAUAGCAGAAAGUUCUAUCCCUUAGAAGAUGGCUGCCCAAAGUGCACAUUGGCUCUACGCUGACCUACUCCCAGUGGUUAGGGGAGAAAAGCAGAGGAAGUCCCAGCUGCAGGCAGCUGUGAGGGCAACAGGGGUAUCUGGCCCUCUUUGGUGUCUAAGCACACACUUUCUAGCCUGCCUAAAGUAAAAUAUUGGCAUUCCUGAUGAUGGGGGUCUUCUUCUUUUCCCCUUACUCUCAAGGAAGCUGGCAUUCCAGGGGUCCUCCUGCUCUCCCUGUAAGAAGACAGGGAUUUUUAAAGAUAUUUAGAAAUAAAACCACUUUAAUACA